UCACUACACAUCACUUCCGGAAGCAACCGCGCACCUCCUCUCCUCUGGUCUGUUCCUUCGUCGCCAAGCAAAUAAACUUGCGGCAAGCACAGCUUGUUUGUUCGUUUGUUGUGCAAAGCAGCAGGGAGCGUUAUUUAUAGCUCAGACAGAGAGAUACACAGAGUCACACACACAGAGAGAGAGAGAGAGCGAGCGAGCGAGAGACAGCGCUGAGCUGAGCUGAGCUGAUCAUCUUUUCGGCGGCACAUGGCGGUUCUUGACGCGGCGGUGACGCCGUCGCCGAGCGGCAGGGCGGACGCGGCGGCGGCGGACCAGGUCGCCACGACGAGCGGCUGCGGCGGCCGCGCGGCAGAGGAGGCGGAGGCGGUGCUGCUGCAGCAGGAGCAUGACGGCCAAGGGCGCGCGAAGCGAAAGCGCUCGAGGCGCCGCCGCGACCGCGACGGCCAGCAGCCCAAGGAGCCGACCACCCAGGAGGAGUACCUGGCGCUGUGCCUCGUCAUGCUGGCGACCGGCCGCCGCGACGCCGACGCCGACGCCGCGGCUCCGCCGCAGGACCACGCGUGCUCCGUCUGCGGCAAGGCGUUCCCGUCGUACCAGGCGCUGGGCGGCCACAAGGCCAGCCACCGCGCCAAGCCCUCGCCCUCGCCUUCUCCGGCGGCGGCGCUGGCGCCGGAGCCGGGCGCAGGAGACGGGGACCGCCACGACGAGAAGAAGCCGGCGCAGCCGUCCUCGUCGUCGGCUGGCUCCAGACCCGCGGCGGCGGCGCACGAGUGCAACGUGUGCGGGAAGGCGUUCCCGACGGGGCAGGCGCUGGGCGGCCACAAGCGCCGCCACUACGACGGCACCAUCGGCAGCGCCGCCGCGCCCGCCCGCGCGUCCUCCUCCUCCGUGCCAGCCUCGGCGGCCACCAGCAGCCUCGGUGCCGCCACCUCCGUGCCAGCCUCGGCGCCGCCGCCGCCGCAGGCCGUCGCCUUCGACCUCAACCUGCCUGCGCUGCCGGAGCGGUGCGCGGGCGUGGACGAAGACGAGGUGCUCAGCCCGCUCGCGUUCAAGAAGCCCCGCUUCAUGAUCCCGGCCUAGUUAGUGUUAAGCUCGUGUGGAUCAGCAGCUCAUUUGUUCGUCACUUGUGCUCCGUGUCUUGGAUUGUUCAUCUAGAUCGUAGUGGUGAUUAGUUCGGAUCGUGUGUAUAUACAGUCAUCAUAUUCAUUGUUUAUUAGCUA